AUGUCCCACACAUUGUGUCUCAACCUGGGCUGCAGCAACGCUGUGUCUGCAUCACCUUCGGAUACUUUACCCACUGGUCCACUGCAUCAUUUCAGCUGCACUGGCUCAGAAGUGAGACUCCUGCAGUGCGCAUCGCAGAAAAGCACCUGCAAUAGCAAGCCCGUCUCUGUGAUAUGUUCAGGCAGCUUGAAGUUUAACUUGACGGAACAGUGCCGAGGGCAAAUAAAAGUAUGGCACGGGGGCAAGUGGAAGGUGGCGUGCAUGAGAGAGAAAGACGAAACGACGGCCGAUCUUCUGUGCGAGCACUUUCCAGGCUGUGGAGGGUUUUCACACUUCACGCAAAGACAUGCAAAGACACCUGGGGAGACUCUCCUUUCGUGUGAUGAGGCCAACAGCCUAGAGUACUGCACCACUAAUGCCUCUUGUCAACGGAAUGACAUAACUGAAAUAUACUGUGAUGGAUACCAGAGGCCUCAAGAGACGUAUUAUAGACCCCUGCCCAUCAGUCUGAUCGCGGGAGUUUCUGUUGGACUGCUACUGCUACUGCUGGCGAUAGUCAUUGCACUGGUGCUGAGAAAGAAGAAGCAAAGAAGACGCAUUACAGAUCUGCUGCAUGGGAGACAUGGCUUUUCGACGAAUACAUCAAACCUCGCAAGAGAUGACUUUCAGGAUUUAGAGCUCAGAGUGACAGAAGAGAGAGAUGUGGGCAUGAAGAAUCAAGCCAACGGUCAGGAGAAAGAGCUGGAUCAAGCCUCCUCCGAGUAUGAUGACGUGGAUGAGGAAGCAGCGUCCCUGCACACUUACCGAGAGGCCAGUGAGGCACCGGACCCCGGAGGCAACACCACUGACAACCCCCCUCCUCUUCCAGCCCGUGAUGGAGAGCUGGACGACGGCGAUGAUUACGAGGAAGGCUACGAUGAUGUGGCGGAACCGACGGCGGAAGAGGGAAUCGAGCACGGGGUGCCGUCCCAGUCCGAGGAGAGGGAGCUCUCUGUGGAGCCGGAUGCGGAGGACUACGUCCAGCCAGACGCCGAGGAGUGAGAGAGGCAGACCUUAGAGGUGACCUUUCGUAUUCUGGGGAAUGUAAACAUCAUGGCUCUCAGAUGGGUUUUUUAGCACACAGCAGGCUCAACCGUGUGUGUCUUUCCCCUUGUCUUCAACUCUCCCACUCUGAAGCUAGCCUAUGUAAUUUUACAAGUUACAAAUUACAAGUCAGUAAUUGGGUGAAUCCUUAAAAAUCACACAGCCAAAAAUUUUAAUAAAAGAAAUACAGUGUCAUUACUCAUUUUACAUCAGUUUCAUUCACCCAAGGGAAUUUGAUGAAUGAUGAUGACUAUAAAAGUGUGAAUGUAUAACAUUUGGUACCAAAAAUAUACAUAAAGAAUUUACUGUACAUUUGUUUUGCCAUGCUGAGGAAGUUAAUAGUGCUGCUUACAGUAUAUCCUGCUUUAAUCUUUUGAAAGACAGCUAUCUUACUUUUAAACUUUUUAAAUAAGAUUUAGUGCAUGUUAGCGACUUCGAUACAGUUGGUUGUAGAUACAUACAACCAUGUUGUUCACAUAGUUCAGCUCUGUUUUAAUUAUGACCAAACACAGACAUGAACUCUCUGAAAAUUCCUCUGUAUG